GGAGCUUCCGAGACUCAGCCAGUCAGAAAGUAGGCGUCCUCCCGCAGCAAAGCACCAUUGGCUGAAAGUUUGUCGUGCUGCGAUUCUUAUAUAAACACCAGCAACCUGCCGGAGGGUCAGCCUGCCUCCAGCUCAUCUACCCACAGAAGUACCCCGGCAGCGGGCAACAGGCGGGGAGCAUGUCGGUUGACAGCGUCUUCAGGACCCGCUCUCUCGGCGUGGCCGCCGAGGGACUUCCGGAUCAGUACGCCGACGGGAAGGCGGCCAAAGUGUGGGAGCUGUACAUCGGAGAUAUCCAGAGCCGGACCCAGGAAUACAAGAGCUGGGUAGUUUCCCUGCUGAAGCGCCACGGCGUGCGGAAGGUCCUGGACGUGGCCUGCGGGACCGGAGUGGACUCCAUCAUGCUGGUGGAGGAAGGUUUCCAGAUGGUGAGCGUCGACGCCAGCGACAAGAUGCUGAAGUUUGCCCUGAAGGCGCGCUGGGAGCGCCGCAAGGAGGCUGCCUUCGACCAGUGGGUGAUCGAAGAGGCCAACUGGCUGACGUUGCCUGAUGACAUCCACAGACCCGCGGACGGCUACGACGCCGUCAUCUGUCUCGGGAACUCCUUCGCUCACCUGCCGGACUUCAAAGGGGACCAGAGCGAGCAGCGCCUGGCGCUCCGUAACAUCGCCAGCAUGGUACGACCCGGUGGAAUCCUCAUCAUCGAUCACCGUAACUAUGACUACAUCCUGGAGACAGGGCGCGCCCCGCAGGGCAAGAACAUUUACUACAAGAGCGACCUGACCCAGGACAUCACCACCUCGGUUCUAUGGGUCAACAGUAAGCCUCACAUGAUCACCUUGGACUACACCAUCCAGGUGCCUCAGGCAGCGCUGCAGAAGCUUCCUGAAGUCAGUAAGUUCCGGCUGUCCUACUACCCUCACCGCCUGCAGAGUUUUGGCGACCUGCUGAGCGACGCCUUCAGCGCCAACAUGGAGCACACCGUCUACGGAGACUUCAAGGCCUUCCGGCCGGGCCAGGACCCGCCGCCCUGCUACUUCAUCCAUGUCUGCAAGAGGACGGCCUGAAGCCGGUUCUUCUGGGCCGAGCCGGGUCUGUGCGUCUUAGCAAUGAUUCCGCCUCUACCGUGCCCUGAGCAGAGACCGGUUUCUUUUCUGGCUUAAAGCUGCUGAGAGCCAACAGGAAGCUGCUUCCUCAUGUUUUAGACGUUCUUUUACUCUUUCAGCUGACGGUCUGAACCGAAGCAAAACCGACCAAAACGUCGCAGUGAUGAAAUUCCUGAAGACAUUGAAUCUGCCAAAGAUAUGUAAAGAGCUGCUGGCCGGCCGGCCGGUUCUGAAACAAUGUUCUGAUUAAUCUGCGGUCCAGAAGUGGUUCUGAUUCUUGAUCUUUUAAUAAAACUCUGAAGUAUGA